AAUACAUUCAUUUCUGAAAAUGUAUUCCUUUGUUAUAGAUAGUCCCAGCCAAAGCACAGCAGCGUGUGUGGUCAGUCACCUCAGUGGAGUACUUGAAACGGACAGUGGAACCAGCAGAAAAGUAUGCCUAGGAUAAACACAUAAAAGCAGAGAUGAGCUAGCAAGAAAACGGGGCCCAGACUUUCUUAUUGCCUGCAGCACGAUGUUUGCUCUGACUGGGCACUGUGAAGUGUAAACCCAGGUCCCACUGGCACCAGCACUCACCUCUGCCUUUUCUAGAAGCAGAUCAGUCCAUAAUGCCUGAAGUGCGAGACCUCUCCGAUGCCUUGCCCGACUUGCCGAUGGAUCCCAUCACGGGUGUUGGUGUGGUUGCAUCCCGGAACCGAGCACCUACAGAUUACGAUGUAGUUGCACAAACAGCAGAUGGCUUGGAUGCUGACCUCUGGAAAGAUGGCUUAUUUAAAUCCAAGGUCACACGAUACCUGUGCUUCACGAGAUCGUUUUCAAAAGAAAAUAGUCAUUUAGGCAACGUCUUGGUUGAUAUGAAGCUCAUUGAUAUCAAGGACACUUUACCCGUGGGCUUCAUUCCCAUCCAGGAGACCUCUGAUACACAAGAAAUAGCUUUCAGGAAGAAGAGGCUGUGCAUUAAAUUCAUCCCUCGAGACUCUACAGAGGCAGCGAUCUGUGACAUCCGAAUCCUGGGUAGAUCUAAACAGGCCCCUCCUCAGUACACCUUCAUAGGGGAGUUGAACAACAUGGGCAUUUGGUACCGGAUGGGCAGAGUUCCACGCAACCAUGAGCCUGCACAGCCUGAAAGUCCUCCUUCCCAAGCACCAUCUUCAACACCUGCUCCUAACCUGCCAAGGCAUAUCUCACUGACGCUCCCUGCCAGCUUUCGAGGGAAAAGUCACAGCACUCGCCUGGACUUGGAGCACCAGCACUCGAAUUUGUACGCCAUAUCAGCAAUGGAUGGAGUGCCUUUCAUGAUUUCAGACAAGUUUGCCUGUGCUCCUGAAGGGAUGCAGCCAGUUGAUCUCUUGGGCAUCACAAUCAAAACCCUUGCAGAAAUCGAAAAGGAGUAUGACUACAGCUUCCGGACGGAGCAGAGCGCAGCAGCCCGGCUGCCUCCCAGCCCCACGAGGUGCCCACCGGUCCCACAGUCCUGAGCGGGGCAGCCGGCGCUGGAGCAGGAUGUGCGUGCAUACUACUGAGCAGGAUGUGGCACCGGGGCCAUCCCAGACCUCCGCUUGUGCGGCCAUCACCCCCUCCCUGUGCUGCACCACCUCCUCCUGCACACACUGCUCCACGCCUUGGGACUGCGCAACCCAUUGGCAGCUGCCCUCACCCUCCCUUGCUGCUACGGGCUCCUCUCCACGUGAGUACGUGAAUGGGAGCCUGAGGCAGCCCCUCAGUCAUCCCUUCUUCAUACCCAUUGCUGCAGGACAGUGUUAAAAACCAGAGCUGUAACAAACUGCUGCGAACAGUGAGCCCUGAGCUUGUGGACCAUCAACAAAUGCUCAGCAGCGAGCCUUUUAAAGUGAGGAAGAACAAAAGAUAUGGCUGGUUAAUCCAUGAGCCUACGAGCAUCCUGCCCAAGCUGACGUGGAGCUGAUGGGCUCUCAAUGCCUUGCAGCAGGCAGCUCUGAGCCACAACAGAUGCCCUGUCUGCCUCCAGCAAGGUCUGGGCACAGAGCAGCUCCACCAUGGCCAGGAUCAACCCCAGGAUGUGAUCACUUGGAUCUGUUAUAGCUGGCAGAGCCAGGGUCGCUUGCUCAGACUUGCCUUGGGCUCUGUCCCCUGGCAAGGCAAAGGGGUGCAGAGAGCAGAAGCUGCACUGCUGUUCCUGAGGGGAAGCACCUCUGCUUUGCACAGGGUCUCCAUGUGUCUGUCCGGACCAAGAGUGACAAACAUCCUGCCUGGAUGCUGGCAGCGCCCAGCUGACCCCUGGGCAUGCUUCCUGCAGAGCUGGAGCUCUGCUGACAGCUUGGAUGCUGUCACCUGCCUGUCACUUCAGACAGCUUUCUAAAACUUGCCCCACUAGCUGCUAGAACAAAAGAGAUGUGCCUGUUCCCUCGUGUGCUCACGGGGAAGCACUGAACUCUGACGUAGUGCAGGAUGAGAGUGGGAUGCAUUAAACCCUGACCUCAGCCUCCUUGUGAUCGCUGACCUUAGCUCGCUCCUGAGUCAAAUGCAUGUCUUGGAGAAGUCUGUUGCUGUAAUAAGUUAUUUAGAAGUGCCCAUCUGACUCCAUGCUGCUUCCUCAAGUCUCUGCUGUAGAACAAAGCUACAUCAUGGCAGCACAAUGGCAUUUUUUAAGUAAGUGUUCAAACAUACCAAUUUUUUAUAUUGUAAAAUACUGAUUACCUAACCCUAUUGAAAUGCAAUUGCCAUAGUAACAAAUAACAGUGUUGUUGCUCUCAGUCUGGGUCGUACGUAUGCCCUGACCUGCUUUGCACUGCUUUUGAUUGAUCUUGCUUUUUCUAGCUGGCCAGAAUGGUGACUAACACUAAUGGUGACUAGGUUUUGUACUGUCAGCUUGUAUGUUUUAUUUGUACAUAUGUAAAAUAUUUCUUGUCCAAAGAUUCAUUUCUGGGUUUAAGGCACCAUGCUGUAUUGCUGGAAUAAUGAGCACAAAAUCCUUACCAUUCUGGACAGACUCACUUCAAGUCUUUGCUUCAACUUCUUCCAGUCAGGUAAAUUGUUUUCUGAAGCUGCCUCUGUAAGGCAAGGCUUUGCCAUUGGGAAGCAGAGGCUCAUGUGGUUGCAGGUGUCUUCUUGUAUUUGAGCAAAAGACUCAAAGCUAUCCCAUUUGCACCAGCUCCGGAGCUUUGGUGACCCCCUGGAAGUGCUCGUUUACUUGGAGGUUGCAGCACCACUUUUAGUCCUUAUUUAUCCUGCAGGAAAGAAAAGCCAGACCUCACUGCCAAGCUUCACAAAGGCUAGAUUGAUGAUGCCGACAUCGACAAAUGAACAUACCAUGGCAGCCUGGUCAUUCGGCUCAGGUUCACUUGAAGUUCAAAUCCACUCCAUGCUGUAGUACUAUGUCCAUCUCAUCCAUCUUUUGUCUUCCUAUUUUUCUGCUUGUAAUUUGUUCUGUAGUUUUCUGUGGCAUCCAUUUAGAGCUUCUCCUGUGGCUUAGUGGACAUUGCAGGUUGGUAGAAGCCCUCUGCAGCAAUGCAUUCCUUGUGGCUUUGGGCUGAAGGAGCUGCAGAGACAUUCCCUGUUCCUGGUGGUGCAGGAGUGACGACUGCAGGUAGGUGCAGGGCAGCCAGUGGUGAAUAGGCAGAGCUCAAGGGGCAGUUCCUGCCAGUGGGAGAUGGGAAUAGGGCUGCAAGGAUUUUUUCCUCAAGCCACGUCUUCCCACACCAAGGGCAGGGCUGACCAUGGAGCAGCUGGAGCACUCCAGGAGGAGCAGGUUUGGAUAGCUGUGAUCAGUGGGGAUAUGUCAGAGUAAUGGAUCCAUAGCCUCAAGUCCCUUACUGUGAGAUUCAGCUUACAGAGCAGCAGUAGAUAAAAUUGGUGCUUUAAUGUUUAUAGCAAAUUAUGUUUGCUCAGCCUUCCUAGAGAUGGUGAGCUCAGCUUUCUCUUCAGUACCUACAAGAAACACUGGAUGGCUCAGAACACUGACGGGAUGUGCAGCUGGGACAAACAUCUAAGAAACCUUCAGGAUAUAUUUGUAUAGUUGGUUCUCACUUUUCUUACACUGGGCUAGCUGAGCUGCUUCAGAGGUGCAUCUGCAAAGAUACUUGAGAGAUCAGUUUGAUCUUCACAGUGUGUUUCUGCACUGUGGCACUGCAAGAAUACCCUGUACUGUAAGCAGGAAUAGUACAAAAGCAGUGUUUGUGGUACAAAUGCAGUAGAGGUGUUUAGAGCAAAGAACUACAGCUUCUGAGAGCCAGCUGAGGUCUCAGACUGGCUACUGAAGGCUGGGCAUUUCCAAAGGGAGAGGGCUUAGAGCCAGUGUUUGGAAGCCCAGUGAGACAUGCGGUGCAGGGGGGCUGCUGUGUGUGUCAUCUGCUCAGUCCAGUCACUAUAGAAAGCUUUUUUAUUGCACCUCUGAAUUCCCGAGGUCUUGAGCAUCAGGUCAGUGUUUCCACAGGCAGGUUUUAUUUGCUGUUCCAUUAAGUUUUAUACUCACAGCAACUCACUGCAAGGCUGGUCCUUGUAUCCUCACAAGUCCUCCCUGUUGGCAUGUGCCAUAGCCAAUACCAGCAUCUCUCUGCAUCUCCCUCCCUCCCUGUCCAAAAGGUGCUGUGGUAGCAUCAGCCCAGGCAGUAACCACUCAGAGACCCUGAUGUUGGUGUCUGGCUGUGGAGAAACCUUCUGGAGGAUAAGGGAAGGGAUGAGUCAGUGGAAAGCAGCAGAAGUGGAUCUGCAGAGCUUUACCAGAUGUACUUGGCUACUUUGCCUCUAUUUCUAGAACAGAACUACCCUCUAGGUAUCUUAAUCUUGUGGCUGAUGGAGAAAUUCGUUUGCCGAAUUAUCGUAUAUCUGCAACAGAGACAGAAAAGCAGCAGUGAGGGGUUUGCUUACUGUAAAAUACACCUUCUGAUGUGAAUUAGUAGUGACACGCUGCCUCCUGGAUUUCUCACAGCACAGAGCAGGUCACGUAUUGAGAUGACUCGUGGGCCAUCCAGGCCAGGCUGUGCUGUCUGAUGUGUUAACAAUGGAAAGGCAAGAAAUUAGUCCAGAAAAUAAUGUAGAGUGUGAACUUUGUGAUAAAAUUCAAGUGUGAACAGUCGUAGCAGGUGCUUUCCCUGGGGGAGCAUCUCAAUAGCUGUAGUUCCAUAGGAAUAAACUUUGUCAAGCUUUUUUCCUGUGACUGUCACCGAGUUUGCCCGCAGUGUGUUUGUAGGAGAGGAUCCCCCGUGAGCCUCCUGUGUAGUGAGAGGUUGUUGUUGGUCUGUAGCAUUGGGCUUGUUUGGUUUCACACCCACCCCUGUCCCCCCAGUUCCCUGAGCUCUCCAGAUGAGCCCACACACCCCACAGAGCCCUGAGAAGAGCCUGACGUGUGCCAUAUGGACACUGGUGGCAAGGGCAUGUGUCUGCAGGUCUGGGCACCUUCAGUGCAGCCCUAAAGAUCAACCUGGGGGAGGAACAAUGGGAUGUGGCGCCUUUGGAGCUGGUCCCACAUUGGCCUUCGCCUCCCCAUUGCCCUCAGGUGACAUGGGCUCUGCCCCAGCCACUCUCCCAAAGCAUCCCUAGGAGCAUGGCUGGGGUGGCCAUGGGUACAUCCCAUGGGUGCUGGCAGAGCAGCUCCCUGGGAAGCCCAUCUCGCUCUUCCCGAUGGCAUCUUGCUGUAUUCACAUAAUUACCUCAGCCUUUGAGCCUUGACAAACAGGCAGGAAUUGCCAGCAGCAGAGCGGCCUCGGUGUUGGUUAUCCCGAGCCAUCCCACUCUGACAGCAGCAGGGAGGGUGCUCCCCUGCGCAUGGAAAAGCUCAGUAAGGUGCUGCUCAAUUCGUUCUGUACAGGGAAACCAAACAGUUUGGAUAUUCUGAUUGUUUAUUGUGAAAUCGUUUCCUAACAGCGACAGGUUUAAAUGUCAUCCUGCAAAUGGAACAGAGAAACCUUUUAUGCAGUUGCAAAGUGUUUUUCUAAGAUGCUAUGCAUUUUGUUGGGUUAUUGGAAGUGAAUUUACUGUGCAUUAAUCUUAUGAAUGUUACUACGUUUUAUAUUUAUUUUAGAUGACCCUCCUGUAUUUUACAAAGGGAAGUUUCAUUGUGUGAUAACUUAGUCUGUAUUCUUAAUAUAAUUUGUUAAAUAAAACUCGUUUUAAUCAGUUUA